AGUACAAGUAGUAAAAAACGCAAAGUUUCUAGAAGGUACUUAGACAAAGUACUCGGCGUUCGUGGAACUUGGUUCGUCGACAUUACGUUGACAUAUGAAAAGAGCCACCAACCUGCUCGUGGUAUGACUGAUUAUAUUCAGAGAAUAUUAAAAUGAAGGAGCGAACCGGUUUAGCUCACUUACUUGCCGCCGCAACUGACGGCGGGGAUUACGAAGUGGUUCAAAGACUACCUCACGCAACAUUGGAUGAAGUCAACCUCCGAAAAUAUGCUGAAGCGGUUGACUCUACGGCUCGAUUCAUAUUUGCCUUCUGGCUUUUUGUUGGCGGAGUCUGUACUUGCGAUUUUUUCUUACUGUCAAUUUCAAAUACUAGUCAAACUAGUCAAUCUUCUCAAUUAUUCUUGAUUUAUGCAAGCGAACAAGCCAAAAAAUACUUCAUGAGUUGUUGUUCAUGCUCAGAUUCUCAUGGAAUGACGAUGACAUAUCAGCAUAAUUAUCAAGUUGUUUGCUACAUGAGCUCCGCGAUCUUGAUCAUUACGUAACCAAUCGUUACUUCACGCAGGCCUAUACGCACUUUGGCGUGCACACCACACUGCGGAGCUGGCGAGGUCCAUGGUCGCUUUCCUUUUCGGGAUAGUGAUCUUGAUGGAAUUUCCUUCGUUGUUCGGCGACAUCCUGGUGAGCAUUUUCGAGUAUGCCACCUUCUGGAUUUUUAUUCUGAUCCUGAUCAUAUCAGCGGGAACGCAUGUCUACUUUCUCACCCGAUACCACGAAAGCAAGCUGAUUGGUGUCGCAGGUGGCCUCCUGGGUUGGUAUGCGGCAGCCGCAAUUUGGGCUUCUGUCGCCGCCCUGUUGCGUGGCAUAAUCUGCGUGUGCUCUACGGGAGGAUGGGAAGAGGACGAGGAUAAUGAGGUCGUGCCAGGCGGUCAAGGUGCCUCGUCUGAUGAGCCCAGCACGAAGGACACCUCUGCGCUGCAACUCGCGUUUUCUAUCGUAAAAAAAAUCGCCAGCAAAGCAACAACACUGCACGAUCAGAGGCUUUCCUACGGUUCGAGUCGGCUCAAUGCCGCCAGUGUGACCCCAGCGACGCGGCUAGUAUUUCCUUUUCAAACUACACGUUGACGUUUCCGAUCUAAAAAUGGAUCGUUAAUUAGGAUCUUAUUCAUCGACUUGUUCACAACGCAUUGGUCUUUGAAUGACACUAUAGUCUUGAGACUUUUUUAGCAGAGCGAUAUCCUCAACAACUGCGACAAGGAAAUUCCAAUGGCUAUACCACAGCAGCAGACAACUUCGAGCUUUCUGCACCUUCACACCGGGCAAAAAGCAGAGACGCUCGACACGAGCGCGGAAGACGUUUGUCACAGACCCUAUGUAGGAGCACAGUUCAUGUUCAGUAGCGAAUGGCACAUGUUCUGCAUCGAUGUCCUGCAUGUGCUGGUCGUCUUUGCAGGUGCCUUCGUGGGUAUGCGGUUUGCGGUACGAACCAAGCAAAUCAUUUACCCCUAUGUCCUGCCUGCGAUUUUCGCAUUCGUAGGCACAGCAUCAUUUGGGGAGAUGCUCAUCGCCAUAGCGUACUUUCUUGGACCUCAGCACGCACGCGACGAGGGAUCUCCGUGGGAGCUCAGCCAUCACAAUCUUGUUCGCGAUAUUCGCUACCAGUACAACAGCGCGGCCUCGUUGCGGGGACUGACGUUCAGCUCCACUAUGGCUUACACUCCUGGUUGAAAAGAGAGACAAAUUAUAAUUUUUUACAUUUAGUUUUGGAAGGCGGAGAUCAUCUUCUCAUAUCUUCCGCUUCCCAGUGAGCAGCAUUCGAAAUUUUAGACGAACUAAUCAUGACCAUAAUAGUCUAACAAUCCAUUCUGUAGCUAGUAAGUUCCUUUUUCGUCGUCGGGAGCGGUCUCUAAUCCUACGUUCCAUUAUCGAUUGCGCCUCCCUUUUCAGGCUUUUCGAGAUCUGAUUCAGAUUUGUGCAUUCCGUGGUGCUGGCAUGGUAGUCAACGACGAUCAUGGCGAGGACGGCCAUCUGAGCACACUACAAAUGAGGGACUCACAAUCACAUCAUCUUAUGGCAGCGGUUGCUCAUGAGGACAUUAGCAUUACAAGUAUUUAAUCGGAUUACAUAUGAUCAGUGUGCUAGUCUCAAUGAGAGUCCUGAAAUAGGCUAAUGCAGCUUGUUUUGGACCACAUCAACUACAUCUACUGGUUAUCGCAGAGUUUACUUAUCCUAAUGUGGUAGAUUGAGCUUCAGGAACGACCGCAGACAACAAAACUUUAAAAGACCCACUGAAAGACUAAGAUGCAAUGAACAUAGAGAAAUAAUGCUAGCUCUAACACAUCAGCGACGAGUAGGCGAGAGGACGAGGUGGCAGCUGUAGAAGAUGCGUCACCGUCAUCAUCGUCAUCAUUUGUGACAGUUCCACUACAACGAGCUCGAACGAGCAUGGCUCCUGUCGACGGAAUACAGGCCGAUGAUGGCAUCAUGCUGUUCACCGCAACGAGCAGUGAUUAUAGCAGUCAGACGAUAUCCUCAACUCCUGCAUCGUCCUUGUCUAGUGGAGCGAUACCCUUGGCAUCGCAGGGCGCAUUUUCAUCUCUCGGGGCAGACGGAACUGCGACCAAUGAGUCUUCGUCGGCAGGAGGCGAUGCUACGCAAUUCUUGAACACAACGGGAAAUUGUGGGAACAGUCCUGCUUCUUCAAGUGGAGAAGGGGAGGGAGGGCACUUUCUGUCUAUUUCCCCAUAUGGUACUAGUCUAUGGCCAUCAAGUAGUAGCAGCAACAGGGGUAGCCUUACCUCAUCUUCAACAGCGUUCAGCGAGUUCAUGGAGACGUCAACAUCUUCAUCGGCAUCAUCGUCCUCAUUUUUGAUUUUGGGGCAUGCGCAUGCACACACUGAUGUAGGACAGGGAAGCGGUAGCGGAAUGGUCGACGCACCGGGGCAGGCUGAAGUGCAGAGCCUUGUGGGACAGUAUUUUGCCCCCAGUGCCUCGUUCUUCGACGAUUUGUGGGGACAAUUGUUUCUGUUCUCAAUUUUCAUCGGGCUCUUCUUCAUCGGCUUGAUCCGUAUGGGCGACACCCGCCGCGAACUUGAAGCGGCGAUGGCGCUAGAGCAGGAAGAGAAAGGCGAGGAGGAGUACUACGAAGAAGAGGAGUACCUAGAAGAAUCGCUGGACGAGCAGGCCUACACCGAAGAAGACCUGGAGGCUGAAACAGCCAAAAUUUCAGGAUUUGUAUUUUUGACUAUUGCCUUUUUUCACACAGGAUCGAUUGCCAUUUAUUUUUGUAUUGUUCAUGCUGUAAGUGUAAUAUGACGAUUAUUUUACCUCUUUACCUUUUUGGAUGACAUGAUCCUCCAACACGCAAUGAUAAUCUCAUGCCCUUUUGAAAAAAACGAUAUCUUCUUCAGGACCAUCUGGAUCCUGUAGAUGAAGAGGAGGAAGAUUUGGAGGAUGCCGGUAGCACUGGUGAUGGAAAUGAGAUCAUGCGAGAUUCCAAUACUAGUCCUGCUUUAGCUGCAGGUGGAACUUACGCGACCCCUAGCUCUUCUUCAGUACUGGUUGCAUUAGAGGAAGCUCCACAACAGGCGACAGGAGCGUCGGGAAUCUUGAAAAAACAAGUCACAGUAAAUCACACGCCGAGUAUACUGAAUCUGGGCACCGACGCAGGUCGUAUGAAGAAAUCAGCAUCGAGGUCGUCUUCUCAGCGAGCGCGGGAUUACUUAAGCGCUAGAUCUACAGGGACUAGGAAAAGUGGUCAGGUAAAGUGAUCUCGCCGUCAGUGAAAAAGUGCUGCAGGAAAGAAUAACUCCAACAUACAACAAAUAGUAUCCAUGUCCAUUCUGCACCAUACUCCACCAGGCGAUAGUGUUGAACAACGAUCUUGUUCGAAGUGCUACGCUGAUCAAACUACAGGCUCGAGGAUUUCACUCUCAUAAUACAAAUACUAGUAUGAGUAAUUCAUCAAGCACAUCGCUUCUUAUGCAUGGUGAUGCGUUACUUUCACAGUCAUCUCUCUUGUGCAUUAUAAAAGACUAUCUUUACCUGCCACCUAGGUCAUGGUGUGAUCGCAAAGUUACAUUUUGAUUACUCGACUUUGAUUGAAGAGCAAGAGUCCUUUGCAGGAGGACUAGAGCGGACCUCAAAUUAGCUACCUUAUCUAGCAGAGCGAAGACAUUGGAUUGGUCAUGUAUACAUAGAAAGAUUAGGAGUGCCCUAUUGGAUUCCUAGAAUGGAAGAAACAUAUAAUUAGUUAUAAAAUUUGUGAGCUCCCCCGCAAGCACAACAACUACAAUAUGUUAGACUCAACAAAAGAG